AUGACAGAGACUCUCCAGCUACCGGCACUCCAGGUGCAUGUUCCGGGGACCUGCGGCGAUGGGGCGGGUCCAGGGGGCGGGGCCGAGGAUGAGGACGUCGCCGGAGGCGCUCUGGCCCCGUCAAACUCCUCCACCCCGACGCUACGGCGCAGACGCUUCAAGAUGCGGCGCAUGAAGAACGUGCUGAGCGAGAAGGAGCAGGCGAAGGGCGGCCUCCUCCGCCGGGCGGGCUCCGGCCCCGGCUCCAGCUCCAAGGAGUAUCUGCAGCUGCCCUCCAUCGAGAUCACGCCGUCCAGCGACGAGGACGCGCCGUGGUCCAACUGCUCCACGCCCAGCGCCUCUCCCCGCCGCAAGCGCUUCCUGCUCAAGAAGUGGCUGCGGGUGCGUGAGAAGAGGGAUGGCAGUGACAGCAGCAGCCAACAGAGCAGUCUGCAGAGUAGCCAUGACGAUGACUCCACCCGCUUCCUGACUCCUUUCAUCCGUGAGGAGAGGGCUGACAGUGGAGCAGACAAGUUGAGCACUGCCAGUAACUCGAACCGGAGCACGCCAGCUUGCUCGCCCGUCCUUCGCAAACGCUCACGCUCGCCGACGCCCCAGAGCUUGGAGGGCGAGACCAUGGUGGAGAAGGGCUCAGACCACUCCUCUGACAAGUCCCCCUCGACCCCGGAGCAGGUCGUCCAGCGCACCUACAGCCAGUCUGUGCACUCCGCACGCAGCAGCAGCAAGAACUCCAAAAAAAGCCAGAGCUGGUACAACGUCUUGAGUCCCACAUAUAAGCAGCGCAAUGAGGACUUCAGGAAGCUUUUCAAACAGCUGCCAGACACUGAGCGGCUCAUUGUGGAUUAUUCCUGCGCCCUGCAAAGGGACAUCCUCCUGCAGGGCCGACUCUACCUCUCAGAAAACUGGAUCUGUUUCUAUAGCAACAUCUUCCGGUGGGAAACUCUGUUGACAGUGCGUCUGAAGGACAUCUGCUCCAUGACGAAGGAGAAGACGGCCCGCCUCAUCCCCAAUGCUAUCCAGCUUUGCACUGACACUGAGAAGCACUUUUUUACCUCGUUCGGAGCCCGGGACAGGACGUACAUGAUGAUGUUCAGGCUCUGGCAGAAUGCUCUGCUUGAUAAGCCCUUGUGUCCCAAAGAGCUGUGGCACUUUGUUCACCAGUGCUAUGGGAAUGAGCUGGGCUUGACCAGUGAUGACGAGGACUAUGUUCCCCCGGACGAUGACUUUAACACCAUGGGCUGCUGCCCCUCCCCAUGGUGCAGGUACUGCGAGGAGAUCCCGGCCGAGGAGAACGAGCCCAACGACAGCUCCUCCAAGAGCAGCGCAGAGGCCAAGCCCGAUGCCAGCCCGCAGCUGAACAAGAAGCCCUUCAACAACAGCCCGCUGACGCCCACGGGCAGCAGCGAGACGCCCGUCUCCUUUGACAUCCCCCCGACGGAGGAGUUCACAAGCUGCCUGCCCGAUGGAGAGAUCCUGGCCAUCCCACUGCAGGACAACAAGAGUGAGCCUAGCUCCCCCGCGCCCGUCCCCGCACCCUCGCCCUCGCUCGACUUCAACGAUAACGAGGACCUCCCCACGGAGCUCAGUGACUCCUCCGAGACGCACGAUGAAGCAGGAGAGGUGCAGGCCUUCCAGGACGACUUAAAUGGGAAGCAGUACAUCAACGAGGUGUAUAAGUUCAGCGUGGACAAGCUGUACGACAUCCUCUUCACCGAGUCACAGUUCAUGAGGGACUUCCUGGAGCAGCGGAGAUUCUCGGAUGUGGUCUAUCAUCCCUGGAAGAAGGAGGAGUCAGGAAACCAGACGCGUGAAAUCAUGUACACCAUCUCCCUCACAAACCCGCUGGCCCCCAAGACCGCCACAGUAACAGAGACACAGACCCUGUACAAGGCCAGCCAGGAGAGCGAGUGCUACAUCAUCGACGCUGAGGUGAUCGCACACGAUGUCCCCUACCACGACUACUUCUACACCCUCAACCGCUACAUGCUGACACGGGUGGCCAAGAAUAAGUGCCGCUUGAGGGUGUCCACAGAGCUGCGCUACAGGAAGCAGCCCUGGGGUCUGGUCAAGGGCUUCAUCGAGAGGAACUUCUGGAGUGGCCUGGACGAGUACUUCAGGCAUCUCGAGUUGGAGCUCGGCAAAGCAGAGGCGGGCUUGACGGAGCCACACCGGCAGUCCCCGAAGGCGAAGGCGGUGAGGGCGGCGACGGCGCGGCGCAGGAAGCGGCCUCUCGCCCACCUCCGCACCCAGCACCUGGACGAGGCGCUCAGCCCCGUCACCACGCCGGAGGACGAGGAGGUUAUACACCGCAUCAAACACGUGGCAGGUUCCACUCAGACGAAACACAUCCCAGAGCACGUCCCCGGCGGUUUUGCCUUGUAUAAUGUGUCCAAGCUCCUGCUCAUCAUCAGUUUUGUGAUUUGUUUAAGCCUGGUGUUGCUGGUCUUCCUGAAUAUGAUGCUGUUUUACAAGCUGUGGAUGCUGGAGUACACCACCCAGAGCCUCACAACCUGGCAGGGCCUACGACCCCAUGAGAGUAAACUACCGCAGACACAAAUGGAGUGGGCACAGCUCCUGGAGUCCCAGCAGCGUUACCACGACAACGAGCUGCAGAAAUGGAGGGAGAUCAUUAAGUCCUCAGUCCUGCUAUUAGAUCAGAUGAAAGACUCUUUAUUGAAUCUACAAAAGGGCAUUGGCUUGAGGGACUACAGUUCAGAAGGAGAGGAGAAAAGGAGUCGCUAUCACUGACGAACAAUCCCUUGGCCAGGAGGGAACGGUGUGCAAUAUAUGACAAUAUGUACAUGGAUGUGUGUACAAAUGAGAGAUGACCUUUACUGGAUCAGUGUGUGACAGAGGGGGUCUUUCUGCUGCUUCUGCUGCCACCCGUCGAGAUUCAACCCUUCACACCAGACCGCUGACAGGAAGUGCCACCAUCACCAACAGGAAGUGGAGCACUGUCAACACUGAGGCAUUACGGGAAGAUAGCAGCACUUCACCUCAGCAUAAAUCUUUAUUUAAUUUUGUCGUCUCUCUUCUAGAUUGUCAUAAUGUAUGCUUUUACCACGUAUGAAGAAAAAGAGUUGAACCAACGAUGACAAAAAAAAAAAACAAAGCAUGCGAUUUUAUCUUUUCAGUGAGGAAUUGUAGUUGGGUUCCUGCUCAGUCUGUGUCUCAGAAGAACUACAAAAAUAGACAUGGACAGAGUUUCGUUUGUUCCUACACUUUCAGCACUCCCUCGACUGUUCUGGACAGCCUGUCCCCUAGACGUCAUAGCUGCAGUAUCCCUUACUUUUACCCUUGUAUUGGGAACCAGGUAAACCAAUGAGCAGCAAGCAGUAUGUGAAUGCACUGAGCUUAAAUUCUACGAUAGGAGUCAUAGAAUAUAGACAGAUAUAGAUAUAUAAUUAUGCAUAAAGAGAUAUAUACAUAUAAUUUUUCUAUUGGAAUUGUCUUUGCUGACAGGGCUCAUUUUUACCAGGCUGCCAUGGAGAAUCAGGGCUGGUUUCCCUGAUAGCCUGAUGUGCCAUGGUCUUGUGUUUAUAUGUUCAUAGAUUAUGGUUUGAAUUUCUUAGAGGUUAGUCCGUAGUAUUUAGUUAUUCACUGAAGAACAUUCUUUGACUGGACUGUCUGUGACAGCAGUGGUUGAGAGUGUUUAUGGACAGUGUUGACAAAAGGAGAGGAUGGAAGGCACUGCUCCAAUUUGCAGCCUAGUGCAAGGAAAUGUGUAGAGUUUCCCUAGCAAUAAGUUUCUACUGUUGUAAAGAUGGGGUUUGAAAACUUUCCUUCUCAAACACAGGUAUAACACCAGAGCUGCAUUUGAGCUGACUCCCAGCUAACAAAUAAUGCUCCCUCAGAAUUACUGUAAGGUUGCAGGAAGGUGCAUAAAUGUUGCAGAAAUAACUUUGCAGAACAAUUUUUAGAAUGUUUUGUGUUAACAGUGUUAAAGCUACCCAUGGGAAAUUCAUUGUCCACUGGUAUCAGUGCCUUGUAUCAUGGUACAAUGAGUGGGGAAGGAUGAUAUGAUGGUGCACCCAGUCUAGGAGAUGAGAUAUAUUAUCAUCAAUCCAACCUGACUUCUCACUCUCUUUUCUCUUUCCUCAGACUGGGUAAUUCAUGACUGAUAAUAUUGGAAGGCCAGUUUUUUUACAUAUAAAGAUGCCCAGAGCUGAAGGGUCAGUUUAUAUCUUUGUUCAGCUUCUUUUGCCAAGUUUUGGAAUGUCAUUACCCUUACAUUUUUGCCCAAAUAAGCAAGAUCUUCUAAUUGUAACUACUUACCCUAAACCUGUCUGGCCACUUUGUUGUAUUCAUGAAUCAGUGUUGCUGAAUUUAUGGCCCAAGUUCAUUUUUUCCUAAAGCAGAAUGUACUCUCAGCUCUAGCUUUUUUAAGUGUUAGAAUCGUCAAAUGUAUCAUCUCUGAGAUUUAUUGCCAGCACUUUAUAUAUCUGGCUGAAAGGGGGCAUAGAGCUGAGAGCUUUUGAGUACAAAAUAAGGCUCAUCCACAAAUAUUGCAAUUUAAAUAGUUUUUCUUGAAAAAGGUACAAAUGCCCUGGUAAAUCAACUGCAGAAUGGAAAC